GUACAGGUGAAUCUUUGGUCAGAAACAGCCAUCAGUGGAGUCAUCACCAAAGGCAGAGCGAAUGGUGCUCCCUAUGAACGUGUAACAGCAUACAAACUGCAGUAUAGCUCUGAUGGGACCACCUGGACUACUUGUACUGAUGAAUAUGGUGAAGAAAAGAUUUUCACAGAUGACACUUCAGUGGAAGCAAAUAUUGGGGUAACCCAGUAUCUUGAGGUGCCUGUUUUUGCGAGGUACGUCCGCAUUUUACCACAGAUGUGGAACACCCAUAUCAGCAUGAGAGUGGAUGUGCUGGGACUACUUCCUCAAGAGACAACCAUUCGGAGGUGUGGCAAUCAAGCAACAGAGCUUUCCUGCCCUGAAAAUAUGGCCUUAUCCAUUGUGGAUGCUAAAUAUGGUCGUCAAGCUGCAGUCCCAACAUGUGGAGGAUCAACCAGCAGCACAGAUUGUCAUGCUGCAGACAGCCUGCCUAUUCUAAGGGGGAUGUGUGAGGGUGAACAGCACUGCACAGUGGCGGCUAAUGGUUACACCAACAUCUUUGGCGAUCCUUGUCCGGGGACACACAAAUAUCUCCAAACCACAUACCAAUGUGUCGAAAGUUGGAGUGAAUGGUCAGUCUGGUCGGACUGUACCGUCUACUGCGGCAGCGUCGGGGAGCAGUCUCGUGUGCGUACAUGUGAGAGUGUGCUGUCGUGUAAGGGGCUGGACUUACAGACACGGGAUUGUGGAGACAUUCCAUGUGCUGCAUGGAGAGAGUGGAAUCCAUGGAGUCCGUGUUCCAUCACUUGUGGUGAUGUUGGCAGGAGGAGCAGAAGCCGAUCUUGUCAUGGCAAGGGAGGCUGUGUUGGCAGCUCCAGGGAACAUGAGAUGUGUAACAUGGGGCGUUGUGCAGAUGCUGUAAUGGGUGACUGUGGCUUUGACAAGGAGAACUUGUGUGGAUACACCCAAGAACGCGGGGAUGAUGCAGACCUGGUCCGAGAGUACUAUAAUUCUAACCCAUAUAUCCAAGGAUAUGUUGUAUACCCCCCUGCACCUGAUGUCAUGGUCCGACUCACGUCACCUUUAGUGUCGUACCACACAUCAAGGUGUCUUAAGUUUGAGUAUCGCAGAAGGCAUGGUUACCACCAAUUUGCAGAUACUUGUAGUGUGACAGUUUACAUAAGAUUUGAUGGAAGUAUAGAUCACCAGUAUGCUCUGUGGAAGUCAUCUCCUGUCAUACCAGCAGACAAGUGGUCCACGGCAUCUGUUGAUAUCUGUGCAUUGAAACACUUUGUGGUUAUGUUUGAAAUAUUUGGAAAUGUCAUGUUGGACAAUAUCAAGUUCUCCAGCAGCAAAUGCAGUGGAUGUACCACACGAGACUACUCCUUUCCAUGUCCAGUUGCUUCUGGCUGGUUUUUGGCCCGAGAUGAGAUGUGUGCGCCACCUAGCAGUUAUACAGGGGGCUGCAGCACCUCUAACUUACAUGCACUCUCAGCUCUGGAGAAGAAGAAUUUGGAGGAUGUGUGUGGAGUAAGAUGGCCAUGUGCAGAUCAUUGCCAUGCAUGUGACGGCACACAGGACAUCACAGAGCCAUCUGGGUGUUUGCUGAGCCCAAACUAUCCUUACAACUAUUUCCAGGAAACACUGUGUGCUUGGAAGAUCAUUGUUGAGAAGAACAAGAUUGUGAGUCUUUCAGUCACAUCCAUAACACUGGAGGAACAUCCUGACUGCAUCAAAGACUCCCUGACCUUUUACGACGGAGAAGGAGAUGAUGCCCCCGUCUUACGUCGACUGUGUGGCAGUGCUACUCCCAGGACCUUCUACUCCACAGGAAAUACUGUGUUUGUGAAGUUUCAGUCCAACUUCAAUCAAGAGUUUGAAGGCUUUGUGGUUACUUACUCUACUGGUCAGCCUCAUCGAUGCUGGGGUAGACUGGUUGGUGUAAGUUGGAUGAAUUUAAGAGACCCAAUAAUCACUGCAUCAGACAAAUCUAGCCUGCACUUUGGGGAGCACCAAUCAGAGGAAAGUUGCCAGGAAGCCUGUAUGCAGGUCAAAAGCUGCUGGGGUUAUUCCUUAGAACUGACCAGCAACAACUGCUAUGGACUGCUGAAUACAGAUGACGAAAGGCAUUACCGUUUUGAUGCUGAGCAAGACCAUGUCAUCAGUGGAUUCAGACAACCCUGUGAUGUGCAAUAUGAUAGGCGCAUAGACAAGAGUGUUGUUUUUGGCCUGGUGCCUGUCGGAGGAAGUGACAUCAGGCCAGACACUAUCUUCUUGGGAGAAUUCCAAAGUGAAGCAGCCUGCGCAUAUGCAUGUUCAUUAGAGGCCUCUUGUUUGGCAUAUACAUGGAUUACUAAAAGCAACAUGGAACACAUGUUGCAAAAGUGCUAUGGGAGGAAUGUAGCCAAUCCUGUUUUAGAGCAGACAAGAGGCAAAUACUCUGGUAUAAAGGUGCAGCAAUCAGUUUUAACAAAGCCCACAGACCUUGCUGUCCAGACAGUCACACCCAACAAAAUCAGCAUCUUAUUGGUGACAACUCACGAAGUGCGCAUCUCCUGCAUCCCUAAGUGCAACAACGUAACAGUGGGUGAGAUCAAUGGAGUGACUAUUGCAACUUUCAAUGAGCUGCAGCAGGCAACAAAUUCCACCAUAUAUGUGCGAGCUUUUGAGAGGUUCGUUGAGAGUGAAGCAUCGGUAGUGACAGCCACCACCACGUUUGCUGCUCCAAACAUUACACUCACAAGGAGUGCUCAAGACACCCUUAACAUCAAAUGGCAAAGGGAGACUUUUUCAUGGGAAGAGACUGCCAUUUCCAUGGAAAUUACCUGUCAGCAAAAGAGACAUGGACAUUUUGAGGAUUGGAAGCAAUGUGGAGUACUGCUGGUAAAUGAUGCUGAUGGUGAAGUGGCAAUGGCCGGGCUGUUUCAAGGAAUGGACUACACAUUCAGUGUGGAGAGGAGAAUUGGAGAUACAUUAAGAGGAGAGACUGCAGAAGUAUCAUCUUAUGUUGGUCUCAUUUCACCUACAAGUCUAUCAGCACUCACAAUUGAACCCCAGACUAUCACCAUACGUUGGAGUCUGGACAGGGAUGAAGGACCUGUCAUUCCAACAGUGGCAGUUAACUGUGCACCAACUUGUGUGGUUCAGCUACUUGAUGGGCUAUCUGCAGAACUGAGUGGUCUGCAGGCUGGUACCGAUUAUUUCAUCCUUGUCUGGACAGAGUUCAACGGCCUACAGAGUGAUUUAGUAACCCUGACAGUAACAACCUUGAUCCCACCGCUAUCAGGUCUGCAGGCACCAGAACUGUCAUCAUCCAGUGUAAAACUCACUUGGGACAGCCCAGCUGUACAGCCAGAUUUCUACCAGAUAACCUAUAAGCAGACCUAUGGAGGAGUUGCUAAGAACGAGACUAUAGGUGCCAGUGAAACACAAUAUGAGCUGAAUGGAUUUACCAACAAAAAUCAACGAUACAAAUUUGAAUUAGCUCCUGUUAUCCAUGGAAAAAAGGGUGAUGUCUUCACACUUACAGUCUGCUUGGCUGAAACUGCAAAGCUGAAGGACUUUCAAGUUGGUCAUGCCACUGCAACUGAGAUUUCUGUCACGUGGACAUCACCCGCUUGUAUCGACGUCCGCAGCUAUGACCUUUGUGCCAUCCCCUUGGAUGAAACAGAUGAGGGUACGGUUUGCCGACAGGUUGAUCCAAAAAGCCCCUCUGCAGUCAUAGAAGAUCUGGUGCCAGGAACCCUGUACUAUGUCAACCUUACGGCACAGAUUAGCUUUGUGGUUGGUGGAACUCCAACUGAUACUAUCAGUGAUGCUAUAUCACAGGCUACAGUUCCAGAACCACCAACAGAAUUCCAGGUCACCAACUUCACUAGCAGAACUGUCUCCCUAUCCUGGCAUCGCCAUGGGAACAAGACAAACAGCUUGGACAACCAUGGAAAGAAGACAAACAACUCUUCUGCUGUGUACACUGUCAGCUACUACAAGAUUGUUGGGCUGAACGGGACUGAGCCACACAGAUUGUCAGUAGGAUGGCUUAGCACAGUUAACACAUCAGCAGUGGUGGAAGGUCUUACUGAUAAUACAGAGUACCUCAUAACAGUGAUGACAUCAGUCAGUGGGAUGCACAGUGGAGAAGUGUCUCUGAUAAUUCAAACAGCUCCUGAGGCAGAGUGGAGUGAGUGGCAGUUUGUCGGCAGCUGUUCUAAGUCCUGUGGUGAGGGAAGACAGGUGAAGAGGAGGUUGUGUCUCCUGCAAGAUGGACAGCAUGUACAGAAGUGUGAGGGGAGGAACCAGACUCUGAUGGAUGUAGAAGAGGAUAUAUCGUCCUGCAAUAAUAUAUCUUGUCCAGUACAUGGAGGGUGGUCAUCCUGGUCAAACUUCACAAGCUGCUCAGCAACCUGUAAUGGAGGCAGCCAGACACGGAGCCGUAACUGUUCCAACCCUAUCCCCCGACAUGGUGGUCGAACCUGUGCAGGGCAACAGUUACAGACUGCUCAGUGCAACCUACAGAGUUGUCCAGUGCCGGUGAUAUCAGCGUGGAUGUCCUGGUCUGCCUUUGACGACUGUUCUGAGACCUGUGGUGGUGGACUACAGAUCAGGAGAAGACAGUGCAAUGGUUCAUCAUGUGUUGGAGAGGCUGAGGAAAUAAGAGAGUGUCAUGAGGAGCCUUGUCCAGUCCAUGGAGGAUGGUCCAUCUGGAGUCUAUUCACUGCCUGCACGGUGACCUGUGGUCCUGGUAACCAGACCAGAACACGCAACUGUACCAACCCUGAACCUGCACUGGGAGGCAAUAGCUGUCCUGGAGAUGAUGAUGGACAUGGACAUGAAACACAGAUCAGGGAUUGCUUUUUGAAAGAGUGCCCUGCCUUGCCUCCACCACCUACAUGGUCUGAAUGGUCUCCAUUUGGCCCCUGUUCUGUGAGCUGUGAUAAUGGCACUCGGCAGAGGCAUCGAAAUUGUUCAUCGGAAAACUGUGAGGGACCUGACAUAGAUGUCCAACAGUGUUUCCCAUACCCCUGCUAUGCAACCCCUCCCGUAGAUGGCAUGUGGUCAGCUUGGUCGGAGUACAGUCAGUGUACGGUAACUUGUGGAGGAGGAGUGAUGCAACGUACACGGGAAUGUGCGGACCCUUCACCGACACACGGUGGCAGGCCAUGUGAGGGAGACAGAGAGGGUCUCGGGAUGGAGGUCCAGUAUCUUGCCUGCAAUCUAGCAGCCUGCAACGCAUCAAGGCCUCCUCCUGACAAUGUUGGAAUGUGCCCAACAGUGAUAGGAACAAACAAUCAGGCCUGGCCAGAAGCUGCUGCUGGGGCCGUACAAACAGUCAUCUGCUAUAGAGGUGUGGCCAGACGGAAGUGCAGUGAAUACUCUCAGUGGGAGGCAGAGGACUUCCAAGACUGUGUGUCUGAGAUCAUGGCAGAGUUUGUGGAUAAGCUAAAUGGACCUCUCCAAGAUAAUCUAAUCCCAGUACAAACAGUCCAAAAUUUGGAGGCAAGCCUGGUAGCUGGGGAAGCCUCAGGGUUUGGGGAUGUCAGCGCUGCAGCAAAGGUUAUAAAAACACUGUCACAGGGAGACCUUCUCAAUGUGGCAGAUGGGACGCUUUCAAAUAAAGACACGUUCAUAAGGGGGCUUGUUGGAAGUGUUGAUUAUCUACUACCAGAUGAAAAUGGAGACUUUUGGCCCACCAGCAAGCAGAAAGAUGCAAAGGAUCAUGUGACGUCACUUAUCAACUCAAUGGAUGAUUUUGGUUCCUCGAUUGUGAACUACUUGUCUAAUGUCGGAGAGGACUACGUCACAGUGCAUAAGAAAAAUAUAGAACUGGAUGCAGCUGUAGUCCCAGCAAGACAGCUUCUGGAGUCCGUAACACAGCCGAGACCCCCCACAUGGGGUCCAGCACCACCGGACAAGAGCAAGAUCACAAUUCCAGCAGAGGCCUUUGCUGAAAUCUUGACGAGUUAUCCAGAGGAAGAGGUGAGCAGCAUUGGAGUGGUCACUUACAAGAUGAUGCACUUUGACAAGAUUUUGGAGAGUAACAACAUACAAAGGCAUAUCUAUGGGAAUCGGACAUUGAACGGCCCUGUCUUGAGUACCGUCAUCUAUCCUCCACCAAAAGAGGCACUGCUCAAUCCUGUUACCAUCAAGAUACACCACACAAAAAUGGCGAAGAACCCGCUAUGUGUGUACUUGGACUAUGAAGACCAAAAUCGUUUAUUCAACCCAUCUGGGUGUGAGGUGAGGGAGAGGAAGAAGUCCUACACCAUCUGCCAGUGUUUCCACCUCACAGCGUUUGCUGUCUUAACAGAACUGGUCACACCAGAACCAAAAGUCAUGUUACCGACUACUAACCUUCCAUGGAUUGGCCAGGUUGUUGCCAUGGCAACACUGAGCAUUACACUGCUGAUCUUCCUAUGGCUCAGAACUCACCUGGAUACAUCUGGUUACCUAUUCCUACUCCUCACAGUCUGUCUGUUGGCCAUUGAGGUCACCAUCUUUGUAGGGAUGGAAAAAACAGACAAAUGGUAUGGCCGGUACAUCUGCCUGGCUGUGUCUGGCCUCCUGCACUUCCUCCUGCUGGCUGUGUUCAUGUGGAUGUUGGCGAGGGUGCUGCAGCUCUACCGAGACGCUAGUCUGGCCGAGGGCCCGGCACCCUGGGAGAAGUACUGCAUUCUGGGUAUCCUCCUGCCACUUGCUGCUGCUGCUGCACCUGUCAUCUUAAAUUAUGAUGAUUACAAGGACAUGUCCAUCUGCUGGCUGCCAAAGACUCACUAUAUGGAGUAUGCCUUUAUCGCACCCGCAAGUUUUAUCCUGAUGGUGUCUGCAAUCAUCCUGUGUGUAGUCAUCCGACAGAGCAACCUGACCGUAUCCAGGGCCAAAACCACAAUCCCUGGUUUUGACAUCACUGAGGAUGAAAUUGAGAAGACUGUGUUGCUGCUCCCCUUGGUUGCUGGCACCUGGCUAGUGUGGAGUUUUGGUUUGCACAUGAACUCCAUACAGAUGGACUUUGCAUACGGUGCUCUCAACAUACUUCAGGGAUGCUACAUUUUCAUCUUUUGCUGCUUGAAGAGUAGGGAGGUGAGGGUCUCCUACUACAGAAAACUGGGCAUACCAGUGGAGAGGUCCACUUGGGCCACACUGCAGGCCAGUAAGCAGCAGCAGGCUAAAAAGCCAGUCUACAUCCCAUGAAGAUGCUGUCAUCAUGCAUCCUAUUUAUUUGUCGAUGUUUACCCAUAUUAUGCAUGCUUGUGUUAGAGACAGAAAUGUCCAAGGACUGGAAGAGGGACUAAAAGGAAUUUGUAUUGGAUAAAGUACUGUAGUUCACUUUGUCUUUUCGGUACCAAACUUUCACAGUCUGAGAAAAUUUAACUUGUUCUCGGAACUAAAUGUUCACGGUGAAUGAAUUAUUUAUCAUUGUCAACUAUAGUUUGUUCUCAGUAAUGAUAUGUUCACGUUACAGUCGUCACCGUGAAAACCAUGAACAUAAAAGUAUAUUGAAAAAAAUCAGGAAUUACAGUAACUCUCACUGCAUUUAUUGUUGUGCACACAUCCUUAAUUUGUAUUAUACACAAUAAAUCCACUUGUCUUGAACUGCAGUAUCCAGUAUGUGAUGUAUUUUUUCUUCCAAACUAGUCUCCAACAGUCUACAUAACUUGAAUAUGUGAAAUCUAGACCUGAUUAAGUGACAAGCAAAGCAAUUUGUACCAAAAAGAAGAUA